AUGGCCUUCAAAAGCGGGUCCUUCGCGACCUUCCUCAUCGUCUGCCCAACAUGUUUCUUCCUGGGAAUCAUCUUCUCCAUGUUCCCAUACGACUACCCAAUUCUCUGGUCUACAAUUACCACUCCCGCCUCCCACUAUGAUUACCUCGAGGCCCAUCUCCGCUUCCUCCACGCCAGCCCACCGCUCAUCCCCCGCAUCCUCCACAUCGUGAUCUUCCUCGGUCUCGCAGGCCUAAUCACAAAACUCUACAAGCCCUCCGAAUCUAACAUGCUCUUUGAUGGUGCCUCGCUCGUUCUCUACAUGUGCGGUGUAACAGUCUACAUCGCCAAUAUCGUGAAGGGUCUUCGUCUUGCAUCGGCAGGCCAAUACGGCUCCCAGCUUGCUUCUACCCCCGAGGAACGGGAUCAGAUCCUUGGUCGCGAGGACUCGCUCAAGGUGCUCUCGGCUAGUAAUACUAUUUUGGCACUUGUGCUUGUUGGUAUCUUGGUUUUGCAGGCUGGACAGUGGUAUGCUGAGCGCAAGGAUGCGCAGGAGAUCGAGAACUUGAAUAAGGGUGAGGAGAGCUCGAAGAAGAGUGCUAGUCAGAAGAAGAAGAACUAG